UGAAAAUGUUGCUUGUAGUAUUGAAAAACACGUUAUAAAUCGGACCAAAAUGUUGCAAUAAAAGGUAUAAAAAAAGGAAAGUGAUUUAUUUAUUUGGUCCCAUGUAAUGCAUGUAUUUAAAAUUUAAAUCGCGGGAGCUAAUCUAUAUAUUACACGUAUCUUAUCAUAAAUAGAGUAAUUAUUUUUCAACACAUUAUUCUGUUCUUUAUCAACUGUUUUCAUGUAUUGUUCAUUAUUAAAAGGGGUGGGACUUCGGCUCUGUAUCCGAACCACGUGAAGGCGAAUCAUCCAAUCACAGCGCAGAGUUCAGCAUACGUCAUAUCCAACGGCCCGAUAACAUGUCCGGUUAAAGAAAGCGCUAGCAAGAAAGCGAACUGUUUAAUAUCACUCGCGAAGUUCAAAAGGCGGACAUGUCGCCACGGUCCAAAGUCCAGACCGCUCAGUUUAACAGCCGCGGCUGCUGCUGAAGUAGAUAUUUAGUAGAAAUCGCGAUUCCCUACGAGAGGGAUGAGCGAUACGUGUCGCGGAAGUGGAGACGGCAGCUCGCUCGGCUAGUCGUCGUUAGCGCGGCCGAGUUCUUUGUUUUGUUUUUCCCCCGGUGGAGAUGAAGAGUCAUUGAACGCAUUUUAACCCCGACGCCGGAGCUUUUACAACCAUGCAUAUGGUAUAUCUAGCAACGUGGAGUUGAACUUCGAGUUAAUGGUAACAGACAAUAAGUACCGGGAGCGACUCGAGCAGGAGAGAUCAGGUUGUUAGCGGCGGGGCGACAUGGGCAACUGCCUCAAGUCUCCGACAUCGGACGACAUCUCGCUGCUUCACGAGUCCCUGUCGGACCGGGGGAGCUUCGGGGACGGGGCCGACCUGGACCUGGAGCCUCCUCCUCCGUACCAGGAGCAGGCUCACAUGCCCAUGUACCACCCCACGCCCAGUCAGGCCCGCCUGGCCACCCAGCUGACGGAGGACGAGCAGAUCCGCAUCGCUCAGCGCAUCGGCCUCAUCCAUCACCUCCCGAGGGGCGUUUACGAUGGAGGGAAGGACGGCUCGGAGAAAAAGAUCAGGGAAUGCGUGAUCUGCAUGCUGGAUUUUGUUUAUGGGGACCCCAUCCGAUUCCUGCCGUGUAUGCACAUCUACCACAUGGACUGUAUAGACGACUGGCUGAUGCGAUCCUUCACCUGCCCCUCCUGCAUGGAGCCCGUGGACGCCGCCCUGCUCUCCACCUACGACGAAACCAACUGAUGGCUCACCGCUCCUCCCGACAGCUUUGAUCAAACACACACACACACACACACACAAACCCAACAGCUGCCCUCUAAUAGUGAGAGGAGCUACAAAUAAUAAUAAUAAUGUUGACUUUUCUUGCACUUUGAAAAAAGAAAUUCUAAAUUCACCACCCAGAUGUCCCUCCAUGUCCCCUGGUCCAAAUACGAAGCUGGUCUUGAUCAUCAGUUGCACAAACUGAUUCCAGGCGACCCUGCAUGUGUGUGUGUGUGUGUGUGUGUCUGUCUUGCUGACAGUGAGCAUGGAGGGUGUGUGUGUGAGCUGAUGGAUGACUGCAUUUCCACUUGAGCCGGUCUCAGUGGGUGUGUUCCCCCCCCCCCCUCCUCCUCCUCCUCUCUCACUUUAACUGACCCCAGUUCACCUUCAUCCCCAGUUCAUCAUCAUAAAAAAUGGAUACUAAUGUCAACGGGCGAUCGGCCGACGUGCGACGAGUUGUUGCUAGAAAUCUGUUCGCUUCGAGGCGACGGCAGGACUUCCUCAUUGAAGGGGCCCUGCGCACUUUGAAGGUAACGCAGGUUAAAAAAAAACUCCCCGAAAGUAAAAUGAACAGCGACAGGAGAUCAGAGCGAAGAGACGUCCAGACUUUGAGUCAACGGGGGUGUUCUAGAGCAGCCGAAGGGCUCCUUGGUGCAUGGGCAGGCGGGGUCCGGCAGACAUUAGAAAUGCUUGCACACACUUUUCAUCUGAUCCAGAGAUUUGCACUUUACUUAUAGGACAGUAUCUAAACAAUAUAUUAAUAUAUAUGUACCUUUAUAACCUUGCACUAUCAAUACUUCAUUCCGUUUUAUUUCCCGAGAUGCAAAAGUUGUAUAACAGAGAGAAAAAAGGCAUUUUCAGAGCGGACAGUCGCCACUUGUCACGUCGAGGUAAGCCUGAAGAUGUAUUCAAUGAAAUCUGUGUUUCAGGCGUGUGAGCCUCCGCUUCGUCCCGCUUGACUUUUCGUGUGUGUGUGUGGAAAGGGACAGAGGCUACAUCCAGUUUAAAGGAGACACGAGAGGAAAACUUCAACUCUGAUUCUGUGCACUAAAUUUCUCCUGGCACUGAGAGCUUAGCAUAAGGACUACGCCGGGGGGAAAGGGGCGUGGCUCCGACACUUCUGAUGCUCGGCGGUCGCCGAGGCCGGAGAUGUAUCCGCCGCUUCUCACCUGGCGCGCUUAGCAUAAAGCUGCCUUGUUUAUGCUGCACGUUUGGCGCGCCGGUUUAGAUCGGCGAGUACAUCUCCGGCAACUUGGAGCAAAGUGUUCAUGAAAAAAGAAAAGAUGUUUUAAUAAUUAACUAAAAGAUAAUAGGAGUCCAUUUGUUUUAUUUUGAAAUGGCUAUGCUAGUUGUCCCCCCCGCUUCCAGUCUCUAUGCUAAGCUAAUAGCCUCCCUCAUCCAGCUUCAUCCUCGGCGUACAGAUGUGUUUAUUAAUCUGCUCACAAUCAUUUUUCCACAUGUCGAAAAAAAGGAGGCAAAAUUUAAGGCGAACUUGAAACUUUAAUUUUUAAUCCGCAGUACAAAGUAAUUUUAUUUUACACGUGUUGGUUUUAUGACAUAACUAGUGUGUCUUUAUUUCCCUUCCCUGUAGCAGUAGUUACCUUCAUUUACUUUUGGUUGGUGAGUGUGGCUGUUUUGUUUUUGUGUUUUAUGGUUUUGUUACAUUUAUGUAAAUGUCACUUUGUAUUGAGGACAGUAAGUAUAUAUAUAUAUAUAUAUAACUUCUACACUGGUCUAAGUCUGACUGCAAACCUCCGUCCCUCACGAAGCUCAGAGCGAUACUUCUUUAAUCGUCACAACAGAUUUCAAGACUUUCAUUGGGCUUUUCCUUUGCCGUGUUUUUCAUCUUCACUUAAUAUGUCCUGUAAUCUUGUUUUUAUUUCUUUGUUUUCGGAAGGCUAGAAAGCCAUCAUGUAAAGAGAAAUAAAGAAUUUAAAAAACUUA